AUGAUCCCCGCUGCUGAAAUCCUCAAUUUUUGUUCCGAGGUGUUGUCCUACUGCGACAUUUUCUUUCAGCUCUGCUUGACGGUGUCCUAUCUCAGGGAUCUGCGAUCCAUUGACUCGGACAUUCUGCGUUUCUUCACAAUAUUGGGACUGAUCCUUUGGACAUGCCAAGGCCAUGUCACUUGUCCCGAUAUCGGUGGAAGGUUCACUAGUCACUUAUCGAUCUAG